GUUGAUUCCAGAAUCUCCAUAUAUUCUUUGAAUAUUCAUUCUCCGUUCUCCUUUCUGGGUUUUAGCCCUUCCUUGGAGACUGAGAGAAAGGGCAAAUGAUGGGUUGAAAUGGGAAAGAGAUGAAUUGAAAAGGGUUCUCUCAUUUUUGUGUUCUUGGUUUUGUUUUGAGUUAUGCGAUUUUGAACGAAUUCCAUUUUUGUGCGUUUGUCAAUCUCUAAGUCAAUGGCUGCUUCUGGUGGUGAUCGAUGAAAUCUUCUCUUUUCUUUUCUGUUUUGAUUAUCCCUUUUUGUAUAUUUUUUCUUAUUCUUUUGGGGUUUGAUCAUUGGAGAUCGAUCGGUCUACUGAUGGUUUGAUGUUCUUUGGUCAUUGUUUCCAUACUCAAUUAAAAUCUUCAGUUUCUUUGCAGGAGGAGGUGAUAAUCAAUCAUUGCUGCAAAUCUUCCCCCCAACUCCUUGCUGUUGAAGUUUGAUUCAUCAUGUGUCCUCCUUCACUUAACCCUAAUGCUGAAAUCGGCUUCGAUUGUACACCGGAGGAGAUUUGCAGCUCUCUUCACAAAAUGAUGAAAGGGUCUCCUCUCCCCAGCAACGUUGUUGACGACAUUUGCCCCUACAUCUACACCCCAUCAAAUUUACCAGCUGAUGUAUGGUACUUGAUCGAGAAAUCAAUGGAGAACAACAAGAAUACAGAAACUGGGUUCUGGAAAGUGAAGGGGGAGGCGUUGAAGCUCUUCACAAAUGCUGCAUUUACUGGUUGGAGAAGCACAUUGGAAUACUAUGAAGGCCAAGAUCCGAGUGUAUUGAAGACGGAUUGGUUGAUGCAGCAAUAUUGGGUGACCGAGACCGAUCUGAAUGACAGCGGCAAGCAGGCAAAGGAAUCCAGCAGCCUAUGCCGAGUCUUCAUUGAUCGAGAUCGUCUAAAUCAUAAGCGGGAGGAAGUGGAUGCCCAGAAGCUAAUGAUUGCUGCUUUCAGUACUGAUAGCAGUGGAUCCACAAGCAAGGCUGAGGGUGAUAGGGCUGCUGUCGCAGAUAAGUUGGCUGAUGAUUUGGAGGCUGAUGCUGAUUGUUAUGCUCGAGGAGACUACUUGGAAAUGCUAGAUCUGGAUAUUCCGUUGUCUAGCUCUUCAGGCACAGACAAUUCGAGUUGCGCUUCAAUAUCAUCGGAUGAGUAUUUUGAUUCGUGGGCUUUGCUUCGAGAGAUAGAAUCCGAAAGCAUCCCAGAAUCUGUGCAAAAGAAUGUCUCCCCCUCCUGUAAGCCAGAUGAGAUGGUACUUGGUCCAGCUUCUCCAGGAUCACCGGUCAGCAUUCGUGAAAGCAAGCCAACAUGUCAGCAGCAGCAAUCCGCUCGGGUUGCAGGUCCAUCUGGGUCGAACGAUGAGGUUAAGCAGCGACCAUCUAGAAAGCACAAAUUGGCUGACAAGGACAAGGGUUCAUCAUCGGAUUCUUCUCAUGGAGGAAAGUCCUCAUCUGGAGGAGAUGGUGGGGAGAAGAAGGCUUCUUCUUCCAAGGGGAGAACGAAGAAGAAGCGUAAGAACAAGUAUUUCUGCUUCAUGCCAUUCAACUUCAUGUUCUGAUAUUUGCAGUGUUUAGUAUAUUUUGACAGAAGAAUAUCUUUUGAUCUGUGAGAUAAAACUGUAUAAUGUAUAGAUAGAAAUAGGGACGAGAGGAAGGAUCUUUCGAUUGAUCGAUCCUUGACAGUAUAGGAAGGCAGAUACAAUGAAGAAAGGGUAUAUGAUUGUGAAUCCCUUUUGGUGAUCCUUGUUGUUCUUUGAUGCUGUAGAGAUGGAUACAUCCUUGGCAAAUUUCUUGUUGACAUUGUUGUGUAACACUAUUAAACUCCUUUGUAUCAUAGAUUCAUAGUACAUACUCCAUUUUCCCAUAUACAUGUUGGGUUCAGUUGGGGAACUGGGACGUAUGGUUUUCUCAAUA